UUAAAAAUAAAAAUUACCUGUGAUUCUAAAAAUGAUAAAAUAUUGAUGAAAUAUUUAAAUUAUUACUUUGUAAUAUAUAUUAUUAUAGCUAUCUACUAUACCAUCGAAGAAGAGCUUCCCCGUUGCCAGAAGGAAGAUUUUCAUUAUGAGUUUACAGAAUGUGAUAAACAUGGAGGCAGAUGGAGAGUCUCAGUACCGGACCUAAAUAAAUGCAUUGGCGGUGAACCCAUGCCACCUCAGAGAGGGAAGGAUUGCAUGUUUUCCUGUUCGCCCGGUUACUUUCUCGAUAUUCAAGGAGAUCAAGAGUGCCACCCGUGCCUCUCCGGCACUUACUCGUUGGGCGGUGGUUUGAGGUUCGAAGAGUGGAAUUCCUUGCCUCCCGGAUUUAAAUCUCUCAGCGAGGGAGUCGAGGACAGGGACCUUGGCGAUAAGGAUGCCUCCGAUUUCCUUAAAUACAAUUGCUCCAAAUCACUGUGGAGAGCCUCGGGCGAAUUUUUAGCGUCUUAUCCCAACCUUUGCGUCGCUUCCUUGUAUUACACGGUCAAAUUAGUCAAGCCCGGAAAACUGAAGUUCGUGUACCGUUAUUCCAACAUUGACACCUUUUUCAAUUAUAUGGUUUUGAACGAGCAAUGUCAAAAUUUAAAAGAUACCAAAGUUAGAUGGCCAGAACUGACGGAGGAAAAUGAUUGGAAAUUGGAAGAAAUCGACUUGAAAUCCGGUCAAAAUAUUAUAAUUUGGAGGAGCGCGGGAGUGAUAGAAAGUCCAAGCUUAACAAUGGCCAUUCUUAUUCAAAAGAUUCAAAUCGAAGGUGUAGCCUACGCUUCUCAGUGCGAUAAAUGCCCGGCGGGAACUUCUAGCCCGAACGGAUCUACCGAGUGUCCAUCUUGUUCGGAAAAUUACUAUACUCCACUACCCGGGUCACCAUCCUGCCUUGCCUGUCCGUCUCAUAAAUAUUCUCCCAAAAGCUCCUCCCAAUGCUUUGAAAGGGAGCCGUGCAGGGUCGCCGAUUAUAUCGAAACGUAUUCGGAAUGCGACACCAAGACUAAAAAGAGGAAACUGAUAUACUCAUGGAUAUCCCCUAAAAUUUGCUCGGACACGCUAAAAGGUUCUAUCAGGCUACCUUCCUCCAAGAAUCAAUAUGUAGAUUGUCAACCCUGCAAUGCCGGUAUGUAUUAUAACAGCACCUCUAUUCACGAUCUUAAACGCGCAGAUACGAACACAUCUAUAAGCCUGAGCCUUGAAGAUAACAUUGAAAUGGAAGGAGUUGGGAUGUGCCAUUUUAGUCCCGCUGGGACAUACACUGACGGUCUUAAUUUUACCACCGAAUAUCAAAAAUGUCCUGCUGGAACCAUUCCUAGGUACGGUUUUUACUACGACAAAUGGUUUACUAUGCCCCCUUACUUAAACGCUUUUUGCUAUACGCUCACAGGGAAAUGUUCGAGUGAAGAAGGAUGGAGGGUUGGAGGGCCAGCAGGAUAUAUUGGCACCUACACAAAAUCGCAUCCUAUCCCUGGCAAGGAGUUUCCGGAAAAAGAAACGACCCAGAGCUACAAAUCGGCUUACUUCAAAUACUACAUGUUAUCGGUCGAUGCGGCCGUUAAACCAAUGCUCCCUUAUGGUAGCGUGACCUUUGAAUUCGCUAUCAGCGCGACGGAUGGCGACCAGCGUAUUGCUGAGGGCUGCGUGUUAUAUUUCGUCAAGACAACUCCCAACAAAUUGGCUCAAAUUAUCAGGAAAUGGACGCGGGCCCAAUUUUUAUCUGAACUCAGUCGUCAGAAUACUCAUAGAUCAUCUCACGUGACUGUUAAGCGUAAACCUCGCUUCUACUCUAAAAAUUCGCAAAAUAGACUCACCUUCGCUUACAAGGUCAAGAGUUCUGCUAACUUUCAGUCAUCCAUGUUCCCUUCUUUCAGGUGGAUUCUGCAAAAACCUUUCGGAGUUUCUAUACACCCAAAGAACGCUUCAGGAGAAGGCAGUGAGCUAGAGGGCGAUUAUUGUAGUGCCUAUAUAUACACUAUAAACAUGACGAACGUGGCCUUGGUAUAUUCAACAUCGAAAGAAAUUAUAAAAGGGGGAGCUGACUCAUGUGUCCCUUGUAUAACAUCUUCGAAUCCCGAAAACGAGGAUAUAGACCCCAACUUAUGCCUACCCUGUCCCCCGGGACACUUUUAUUCCCUCUCUCCCAAACCAAAACCGCCUGUACUUGAGCUGAUAAGUAGUCCUAUUCUCAAUGCGUCCUCUCUCGCCUCCGCGAAUAAUUCCUCUAUAAAGGUUAAUGAACACAACGAAACCGGCGAUAACGGUAAGAAGAUGCAUUGCGAACCUUGCCCGGAGGGGACGGUAAUAGAUUUAGAUCAUUAUUACGGCUCGAAUAAUAAUCCGGGAAUGUUGACCGUAGCUGCUUGCAAGUCUUGCGGGGUCGGAACUAAGCCUUCGAAGAAUAACGGGUUGCUCCCUAAAUGCGUCAGCGAUUGCAAAUUGCAAGAAAAAGUGGGAAACGGAAAUGAAACGGAUAGAUACGAUUUUAGGGCACUUUCCGGGUUGAAAUUGGUCGACUCCGAGCCCCUGUUCACAUCGGGUGGUACUAAAUACCAUUACUCCUUCAGCUUCGAACUUUGCCAUGAUAGCGAAUCGAUAGACCCUUUAUUACCUAUCGUUUGUAGCGACGAUGAAGAUAACGAAGAAGGUAGUGGCACUAAUGUCAACGGGAAUGACCCUCUUGGUGAUCAUAGCCAGGGAGACGUGAAAAACGGAUAUUUUAAGAAUUCGCCUUCGGUGUGCCGUUCCAUCGUUGUUCCUUACAAUUCUUUCGAAAUAAUUACUGGCAAAAGUCAUUUAAUUCCUUCGUUGAAUGAUACUCACAAACAUAGUAAUAACAAAAGAGUUUUAUCCGUUAGCCUAGGCGAUAAAUUGCUAGCAGUGGGAACGGCCAAAGUACCCCUUAUCGCUCGAGCUUUGAAUGAGGAAUUUAAAUUUAAGGAGAACAAAACGUCGUUUGCCGGAAAAGAUGGUUUCUCUAAACAACUCAGUGCUCAACCUGACAACGUCCAUUUCCUAUACCGUUCCAACACGCCUACCUUAGCUUGCCCUAAUGGCCGAUCUACUCUUAUAACCCUAAUAUGCGACAUAUCCGCCCUUUCCAUAACCGCGGAAAAACUGACGCGUCAACGGAAAAUCGAUUUGAAUCCCUUUUUCAACCUCGAGGAGGAUAAUAUAUCGCCUACCGAACAUAUUUACCUGCCCGAUGAAUGCAAAUUAGGAACAUGUGAUGGUUGCCAUUUUAGGAUAAUGCUUAAAAGUAUGCACGCGUGCCCUAUAUGUUCCGAAAAGGAUUUCAGGAUCGUGAAGGGCGAAUGUUCUAAUGGCAAACAAGUUAUUUACCGUUAUCCCGGAAGAUAUUGUAGAACGAUUGACGAUAAUUCCUUCUCUUCCGCCCUGGUUCAAUCUUGCUCAUCGUUGAAUUACAAAGUUUAUAAUUAUUUUUAUUCUAAAGUUUCUAAUUUGAGCGACCCCCUUCCCUCUUCCUCUAGAACUCAAAUAGGGGUGUAUUUAGGGAGCUAUUACCAAAUACGUUUAAUAGUAUUGACUUCAAUGAGUGCCGGUGUGGUCCUGCUUUCGGUAUUGUUAUUCUUAUGGAAGAAGAACCAAAAGCUCGAAUACAAGUACACGGCCCUGGUACAAGAGACCACCAACAUUAGGACACCUCGUGACGGAAAAUUUUCCCUACCUGCCGUGGAUUCUUGCGCACUAUCGGAGGGAGAUACCGACGAACAAAAUAGCGGACCCGCGAAAGAUACACUGUGGCGACGAUUCGUUCAGCGUUUUACCGAAAGAAGUGGUGGCUCCUUUAAAAAUGUCGAAUUCGUUGGUGAUGAGGAUGGGAUUUCUCUCUUAGACAAUAAUGAUAAUGGCGGUGGAGAUAUACCAACUAGUAGGGAUGUCAGGAGAAUGUCCAAUAACAAUAUUCGCGGGAAGUCCUUUAACAGCAAUUCCACCUUCGAAAACAUCACCCUGGAAGCCAGAGUAUCUGGCAAGGACCACGAAGACAGUUUCGUACAGUUUUCCACGCCCAACCUGUCCAUGUCCAACUCGACCCUCAACUCUACUCGAACCACGCAAAACAACAAAAAUAAUGAUUCGUAUCUCGCGGGCACGGGAGAAGGCUACGAGGAAGAACGGACAAGUUUAAUUAACGCCUAAGAUAAAUUAUUUCCUCCCAUAAUGUAUUGUUUUUUUUUCGCCUUCAAAAAGUGCAAUCAAUGCUUAAAUAUAUUUAUCUCUUCUCCCUCCCAUUAACUCUGUAACGGCUAGUUUUAUUAUAACAUUUUCACAACCAACUUAUAAAAUUCCACGAAUUAUAGUGUGCGUUUAUUUAUAUUGGAUUUAUUAUAUUUCAUAUUAAUUUAAGCUCAAAUGAAAGUGUUCUUACUCAAGAUACUCCUUUAAACCAAAUAAAUCUCAUAA